AGGGUAAAUGAUUGAUUGAAUAUAAAUACGUUUUUCAUCUCUGCUAGGGCGCAGUCUGUCAGUCCAGGGUAACCCGGCACAGCAUUUCAGAUUGCUAUUUUUUCAAAAAUAUGGGAAAAAAAGUUCGACCAAAAUUAACAAACGUAUAAACAAAACAACUUAAUCCUCGAGUGAUCGCGGUGUUGUAUUUUGUACAACACGUUAAAAAAAAUCUUACUUUUUGUACUCAGCAUUAGCGUGGUGCUGGCGGUGGUGACAAACCGUGCGAGUUGCGGAAGGUUAAACCACAAUAAAGUCACGCACAAAGCUUGAACAUUUAGCUUUUUAUGGCAAGUGUUAACAAACAAAACAAACAGCGUUGCCGAAUCCACGUAUUUUUGGCAUUUUUGUUCUCUUCGUCAUGGGGAGUUUUUUGAAACCUGUCGAACUCAGAGUUCGACUCAAAUCCUUCAAAACCAAGCAGAGUUAUAUGCCCAAAUUUUAGGCAGUUUAGUUCCGUUGCUUAAGAGAUAUUAGCAUGGGAUAAAAAUAAAAUUUCCGCUACAGUCAACUUUUUUUUGGAUUCCAUUUAGGUCCCAAUUCCCAAAACUUCAAUGCAAUCGAUGAAAUUAUAAUUUAGCGCAAACAGUUCAAAAUUUGCAUAGGAUUAACUAUGGAAAAAGUUACACUUUCAGACAAAAAAUCUCAGAAGUCGCCCCUUGCUCCCUUAAGGACAGACUUAUUGGAGUCCUAAAAUGGCUGCCACAGUGGCCGACUUUGGCACCUACUCACGAUUUCGAGAGAACAAAUCAAGCCUAACUUUACCAAACACCGUAGUAAAAUCCACGAACAGAGAAAAUUGAAGGGGAAGUUCGCUGUUCCCAUAGCAACUCAUACAUUCAGCAUUUCUGAAACGUAAGAAAUCUUGGUAUUUUUUCACAAAACAUCCCCAGAGGUGAGUGAUACAAGUAGUCCUUAACGAAAUUCAGCGUCUCAUGUGAAAAUCUCUUUGGUGUUUGAUAAAGUUAGACUUGAAAUUGUAGCGAUCUCGCGAAGGUUGAAAACAUAAAUCAUAGAGUCGGGCGAAGAGAAAAUAGAUUAAGAGAGUGAGUGAAAUUGAGAGUGAGAGUCUGGAAAGAAAAGGGAAAUAUAGGAAACUGGUGUAGAGUGGAACUGCACGCUAACCUGAAACUACCCAUCGCCUGGGUCGCUUCUAUACGGAUUUUCAUGUUGUUAGCAGUUGUCAGAAUCCGGGUAAUCCGAAAACCCAGAUUGGUUGAAUCUGGGUAAAGAUCUGGGUAAUCGGCACUUUGUCACUUUCCGGCUUGAGAAUAUGGCAGCGAUCAGGCGAACGCAGGCAAUUAUGGAUGUUUCCACGGAAAAUAUGAGGAUAAAUGACGGGAAAACAGUGAAAUUCUUCCAGGGAACUGUUUUCCUGCAUCAGGUAAGUGAAAAGCACAUGGGAAUUAGGAGCUUUUUAUCAAAAAUCUAAAUUGGAAAUAAAUUAACAAAAUCAAGGUCCCGGAGGAGCUGGGUACCGGUUACCCAGAUUUUGCAACCAACAUCGGUAACCCAGAUUUGAGUAAAGGUGCCUUUAUUCAGAUUAGAGUAACUGCAGUUUUGCUCAAUCUGGGUCGCUUUGACACCAAUCUGGGUAACCGAGGGUUAGCGUGUGAAAUAAAAUCAGAACUGUUUAGACUGGCAAUAAGUUGAGACGUGUUUUAUUUGAUACUGGAAGAAUAUCGUUAUCUUCAGAAGUGAACUUAUCAGCUGGCGACUAGAAUAAAUAAGAAGAAUUUUUUUUUAGAUAAGUUGAAAUAUUGAAACUAAGUGAAUUUUUAUUAGCCAGUAAGUUUAUUGCGUGCUGAAAUAGUGAAUUUUAAGAAACAUCUCGACGUAAGUAAUCGUUUUGCCUAGCAUUUUGUUCCAGUGAAUUAUCAAAAUCUAUUGAAUUUUAUUGUGUGGCUGUUUAGUGAUUUUAUUGUUCUGAGACACCAUUGUGUUUUUUUCUCCAGAACUAUUGUGAAUUUUAGCCAUUUUGGUAGUAGUCACCAAGCGCAACGAAUUGUUAAUAUAUUUAUUUGAAAGUGGACACCAAUUAAUUACCCGCCAUCCAGCGCAACGAAUUGUAUAGAUUUAUUUAGAGAACAUAAUAAUUUGACCGCCAUUCUAUUGUAUAAAUUAAGUGGCGUGGUUCUCAUUGUUCCAUUUACAAUAGCAUAAUACCAUAGCUCAAACUUCCUAUUCAAUUCCUUCCACAGCAUCUUGCACCGCUCAGUUCGCCCCUGCAUCUCACAAACGCAUAGCAAGGAACAUUGCGAAACGGAACGGUGAUAGUGUCACCCAUAGCAUUGAAAGAGAGAAGGCUCUUCGGCAUUCGGCACCAGUGAGUUGAGGAGUGUAAACAAACAGCCUACCGACAGUGAAGAAUAGUGCACUAAAGUGCAUACAGCAAGUGCAUAGCGGAAAGGAGUUUGAGUGCAGACGGUCUAAAAAAAAUCUGGUUUAACUGUAGUGCGACUGUGUUUGGAAGAAUUAGUUGCUGAGUGCUGGGGAAUUUGGUGUUUGCUGCUGUUGCUGGGCGUACUACCGCUGAGUUUUUGCUGCUGCUGUUGUUACUCUGCGAGGCUGCUGCUGUUGCUGUUGUUCGACAAGACGGCUGCUGUUGUUCGGUGAGGCUCCUGCAGUUGAUUUUACCACCGGUUAUUUUUGUUUUUCGGGCCGCUCGCUGGAUAACUUCUUGUAAAGUAGGUACGUGUAUUUUACUAUUUCUAUUUGAAGACAAGUUUGAGUUUUUUUUACAUUGAUUGCUCGUUUUGUUUACAUUAAAGCAUGGCUAUGGCUACUGCCCCGGAACCAUAUUUGCCUGGAUCCAUACCGUUUUAGCAAUAUCUUGAACAGCUAGAAUAUAUGUUCGAACAUAACCAGUACCCCGUUGAACGUUACAAAACAUCUUUUUUGGCAGUAUGUGGAAUUGAAGUUUUUACCGAACUAAAAAAGCUGUUUCCCGCGCAAGAACUUAGAGAUUUGUCUUAUAAACAAAUGACCGACAAGUUGAAGCAAAGAUACGACAAGGUCGAUUCGGAAGUUAUACAUUGUUAUAAAUUUUGGACAAGACGACAAGCUAAAUAUGAGAAGUUAGAAGAUUUUGUAAUUGCUAUCAAGGUUUUGGCGGAGAAAUGUGCAUUUGGGGAAUUUAAAGAGAGAGCGAUACGGGACAUGCUAGUGAUUGGUGUUUACGACUCAACUUUACAAAAACGCUUAUUUGACGAGGAAGAAUUAACAGCUUCCAAAGCGGAAAAAAUCAUCCUUAAUCAGGAGAUUUCUUCCAGUCGAACACGAUUACUGAAUAACGAUGACAAGAGAGUUAGUAUUGUCAAUAGAUUGGGUCCUAAGCCGGUUAAUCCCAGGGGUAGAUAUAGGAGUAGAAGCAGGAGUUACGAUCGAGAAAACUCAUUUUCCAGAGGCAGGAGCAGCGGCAGAUAUCCAAACAGAAACAGAUAUGAUUCAGGAAAAACUUCAUAUUAUUGUUCGUUCUGCAAGAAAUCGGGACACACCCGAAAAUAUUGCUACCGCUUGUUACGUUACAGUUAUUUUGUUACAAUUUGGCAUUAGUCUAAGUAAAGCGUCACCGAAAUGAGCUGCAAUCGUAGUGUUGUAAACCACUGCGCAAUUAAUGCCCGCUAAAACGCAUACGCCAACCGCCAAUUUGAAAUGUAAUCGUUGCUCCGACUAACGAUUAUACCGACAACAAAUGCCGAAACAAAGCGUCGCUGCAAGCCUGUCAUCUCACACACUGCCGCAACUGAUGAAUACAGAAGCGCAAAAUCAAUUCAUUGCAAGUUUUUGCCACGUCACCACACCAUCAUUCCGCUGAAGUUUCUCGCUAGCUGCGGGUGCGUGACCACGACAGGCAUCGGGGCAGCAAUCCGCGUGGAGGCCAAGAUUCGCAGAAUCGGAAGAACAUCAGGUAAUUAGGUGAAGGAUCCAUGAAGUGCAUAAUUAAUUGGGUGAACGAUCUGUGAAUUGCAAAUUAAACGGGAUCACCUUCUAAGCAGCCACACACCGCUACCACGAAGGCAGCUGGUUUGAUCGUCCGGCCGAACGUCGCGAGUACGGUGACUCCGCGGAAGGAACGCCGAUUGGCCAACAAAAGGGAUCCGCCUACAGAACACCAGCUCGGAAUCAAGAAAGAGCGGGAAACGCCGGGAACCAGAGUCAGGUAAAUUCCAGCAUUUCCAUUGAAACACCCAGGCUCUAGGAAAACCCAUCCUAACCUAGAACAUUUUCGUGAACCAGCGCACAUCCGACAUCCACGUGGCUCCGACGAGAACGAAAGUCCACAUUUAUCCGAACCCCAGAGGCGAAACGGUGCGGACGACAGGACGCUAGAAAACCAUCAAAACCCCAUUGGGGUUUUGUUGCGGACUGGCUUCGUGUCCGGACAUCGGUUUCCGGCAGCUGGAUCACUGUUGCAGCGACGGGCACCAUCAAGUGGCUGCUUUGAAUCCCGAAGGCCAAGUGGACCCCUUGCAAAAUCAUCGUGGCACGGAAUCAUUCGGCGGAAUUAGGAGACAGGAUCCGUCGGACGGAAGGUCGUUGCCGAAGGCGAGGAUAUUCCGAAGGUGCAGUGCGUCACUAGCACGAGGGAUAUCGAGCCACGGAGUCAGCACUCAGGACGAAUAGCCUUCAGUUCCGGUACAGCGGGGCGGCAUCGAAGGGUGCAAUCCGACAAGCGCGUUCGAAGGAAGAUGAUCAAGUGCAUCACGGUGGUCGCUUCCAACCUGGCUUCCAAUUCUGCCGUGAACGAGUCAACCGAGCAGGUAUCACGGUCGGCGUGCACGCCGACAGCAGCACCCAUGGGCGAUGGCAGGUAAUGGUUGCGUGAGCGGAGAGCAUGAUUGCGGCACCGUGAGUACGUUAUAUUUAAGGAAAUGAAACGUGUAACCUAGUUAAGCCACAGUUAGGUUGUGAGUAGGGAAGAGCUCAGGAAUGCAUCAGCUAAUACACACGUGUUAAAAUGAGACUAUGCCUUUUGUGAUUUAAUGUUGGUGCGAUAGCCCUCCAGUGUAUGUAUCCGUUUGCUCUUUGGUACUUCGCUCUACCGAGCCGGGGAAAUUCACAACAUUGGCGCCCAACAAAACGAACCAUUUUAGUUUGUGGUUUGUAGAUUUUAGAAUUUGUGUUCUGUUUGUGACACAGUUCUGUUAUUUUGUAGCACAUUUGUAGAACCUACCACAUUUUUAGUUUUUGUCUAGUUGGCUAAUUAAGACCUUUUGGAUCAUGGAUCCAGCAAGCCUGUCAGAAGAAGAGAUCAGUUACGAACUGGCCUUGCGCCACGUAAACAAUCUCGGAGCACUUCCUCGCAGGGCUAGAGCCGUUCGCUUGCGUGCUCUUAUGCAGGAAGAUGAGAUAAAAGGAAUACUUUACGACAAUUCCUCCCACGUUAUGGAUGUAGGGGACAAUAUCAGUCAAUGUCAAUCUCGCGUGCGCGAAUUAAUACCCGAAGUGGAAGCAGCAUUGAAGCGCGGUGAUCUCCCAGCAGUUCGUUUACUACGGUCGCGGUUAGUGCACUAUCGGGACAGACUAUCCAUCGUGGAUCCACCGGUAGCUUUCCUCGACACGCACGCAGCCGUGGCGCUUUUAGUGCAGUUUUCCCUGGAAGAUGUGGACGAUGCGCUAGGAAGAACGAAGAAAAGUGCCAGACCAGUGAACAGUGACAGUGCCAACAGAAGCAGUACCGGUGCAGUUCCAAAAGGGACCACACAAUCUUCGACCGUGACUGAAGGAGACUUCCUAGGAUUCGACGAGAAUGGACAUCCAGUCAACCAUUCGGGUACAUCGAAUCAAGCGUCCAUCAUCCACGCUGAGCGACAACAGCCACACACAGCAUCUCCAGUGACCGAUCCUAUAGCAGCUAGACCUCAACGCGACAGCUCAACACUCCACUACAACGAGAGAGGCGCUGCAUCAUUGGAAGCCAUGCGUACCACGCGAGGAAGAGGUUGGAGCGCGGUUGGUCAGCGAGUCGUCCCGAACAACAGGUUUGAAGCGCAGAAAAACUCCAGCUGGCGAGAACCAACAAUGAGCAGCACCAUUCCGCCACCGCCAUAUGAACCGAUAAGAACCGAAGCGGGCGAAGCUGAUGCGAGAGGUGACUACAACCAACUGCGGACCGAUCUACUGCGACAGCUGAACUACAGGCCACAAGAACACGUUCCAAGACCGCUGUUAGAAGAAAGAAGAACGCUGAAGGCCAUCCAUAACUGGCCGUUCAGAUAUAAGGGCGAGAAGGAUGGGUCGUCGCUGAACACCUUUCUGCAACGUGUGGAAAUAUUCGCUGCAUCGGAAGGAGUAACGGAGGAUGUGCUGCUAAGGAACGUCAAACAUCUGCUUCUGGACGACGCGCUCAACUGGUACAGCAGUGUUUACGUAUCGGGAGAGUUGGUAUCCUGGGACGAUUUCAAGCGGCUGAUCAGGCAAGAAUUCUUGCCGGCGAGCUACGCCUACAUUCUGCGGGCCGAAGCAUACCACCGCUUGCAGGGCGAAGAAGAGCCGUUCUCCAAAUUCUACCAGGAUGUAUCCACUCUCUUCCAAUACGUGGAUCCUCCGGUGACUGAUCAAGAGAAGCUCUUCAUCAUCAAGAAGAACAUGAACUCCACGUAUGCUCCGAUUGCCGCAUCACACCACUCCAUACGUCUGCUGGUAAAGGCGUGCAAGGAACUAGACGAACUCCGGAAGCUACAGCAUCAUCAGCGACGCAUCUCGCUACCGUAUGGAGCACUGAUUGAACCAGCGCUGGCUACUCCGAACUCUUCGCUGCGUCCGUCGAAGCCACAACCACCGCUCCAAAGAUUUGGAAAGGUUCACGCUUUGGAAACGGAAAGUUUUCACAGUUAUGGAGAAAGCAGUUCGCCAACAGCCUACGUUGCAGAAGCUGAACAGGUAGCGCAGGACGAGGAUAAGAUGGACCAGCGAAUGGAAGCCCUGCUACAGCAGGUGAAUGCGUUGAAGCUGAGAUUCGACCGUCGAGAAGCAGUAGGAAGACAGCCGCCCAACCAACAGUUCCCGCAAAUGCCAGCGAGCAAUCCUAACAACCAUCGGCAAGUUCCUGAAGUAAACAACGCUCGCGAUCCACCGGCGGCGAUGAUUUGCUGGAACUGUGACGAAGGGGGACACCGGUUCAUGGACUGCGCCAAACCCCAGGCAGUACUGUUCUGCUAUCGCUGUGGACAAAAGGGAUUCUCGUUGCGAAGUUGCCCGACCUGUCUUCAACGCUCGGGAAACGCGCAAGCGGGGAGCCAGUAACAGAGGGUA